AUGGGUAAAGACGCUGAACUCUCUACCAACGAAAAAGAAUUUAUAUUAUCUAGCCUAAAAGAAGGUAUCCGUCUUGACGAUCGGGAUAAGCAUGAAUUUAGACCUUUACAAAUUUUACUUGGUCCUGAUUAUGGGCGUUCAGAAGUUAAACUUGGAGGAACAAAGGUAUUAGCCAAAGUUUCAUGUGAAGUUACUCGACCUCACUUGGAUCGUUCUUCCGAGGGAAUUUUGAUUUUAAAUACGGAAUUAUCUCCUAUGGCUUUCCCGGAAGAAGAGGUUAACAUAAGCCGUAUCCUUGAAAAAGCAAUAAAAAGAAAUCAUGCUAUUGAUUUAGAAGGAUUAUGCAUUAUUCGUGAGAAAAAAGUUUGGACAAUUCGAGUUGAUAUCCAUUUUCUUGAUAAUGAUGGAAAUAUACUUGAUGCAGCUGGUAUUGCAACUAUUUCGGCACUCGCUCAUUUUCGACGACCGGAAAUUACGAUUACAGGAGAGGAUACCAUUACAAUACAUUCAGCCGAACAAUUAAAUCCAGUACCGUUGGUCGUGCAUCAUAUUCCAAUUUGUGUGACCUUUGCAUUUUUUGAAAUUUCCGAAAAUAAGGAUUUAUGGGUAGUAGAUCCAACUUGGCAAGAAGAAAAAAUUUGUCAAGGUGAUAUGACAAUUGUAAUAAAUGAUCAUAAAGAAAUAUGUGUUUUAUCAAAAGCUGGAGGAGUUCCUUUAUCUACGGAAACAAUUAUACAUUGUUCAAAAAUUGCCACAAGUAAAGUAGAAAUAAUAAUAGAAUACAUUCGUAAAUCAUUAGAAGUAGCAAAUGUUCCUGGAGACUUCUUUAUUAUAAACAACACCACCACUUCUUCACCUUCAUUUUUUCCUAAUCGUCAAAUAUCUAACAUCAAACCAUCACCUCCCUUACCUUCAAUACCUUUAUCACCUUCUACUAAAACUAAAGAACAUCUUUUCUUAGGUGAUAAUGGAUCAAUAGAAGAAGAUGCCAAAUUCGCUAUAAUAAGAUCCACCACAGUGUUUAUCAAUCAUCUUGCUAAAUCUGCUAAUCAAAUUUCCAAAGAUAAUAAACGUAAAAUUAUUCAAACCGAUGAUGUAUUUGAGGCAGUAAAAGAAUGUGACUUAGAUGAAUUCUUACCGAGAUUGGAAGUUGAAUUAAAUGGUACGGAAAAUUUUUAUAUUGGACCACCUUCAUCUUCAAUUGUGACAAAUCUACCUGCUGAUAAUGGUGUAAUAGUAGAAAUUACAUAUCCAAAUAAUAAUAUUAUUAUUGAAACUGAUGGUAAUGGAAGAGAAGGAGAAGAAGAAGAAGAAGAAGGAGAAGAAGAAGAAGGGAAAGAAGAAGAAGGGAAAGAAGAAGAAGGGAAAGAAGAAGAAGGAAAGAGAGAAGAAAGAGAAGGAGAAACUGAAGAAAGAAAGAAUAAAAUUGAAAAUAUAUUAGAUUGUAAUAGUGAUUUAUCAAUAAUUUGA